CACAUAUAUAUGCAUGUAUAUACUCUCCCAAAAACGAAACGCAAAGGUAUAUUUCGUUUACACUAGAAAGGUGUAUUUAAUGGAUGAAAGGAAAUUGUAGGCCGCGAAAAUCAUCAACUACCAAGCUCCGGUGGAAUUGGCGCUAACCAUGGCGGAUCUGUUUCCAGACGGGAGAGACAAGGUCAGGGUCCUUGAUGCUGCUGCUGGAACAGGACUCGUUGGAAUGGAACUGUUUAAAGUGGGAUUUAAAACUUUGGACGCUGUUGACGCAGCUAAGGGCAUGCUGGCUGUAGCAGAAUCGAAACACAUCUACCAGCGCCUGAUCUGCCAAUACCUGGGAGAAAAUAAAUUAGGAAUUGACGGUCGUACGUAUUGUUUUGUAUGUCAUGGGUCAAAAUUACUUGAAAUUCCUGCUGGAUAUUCCAUCCAGCAAGCUACAAAUUCUGGCGGCCAGAAUCAAACCUUAAGGGACUAA